GGGCUGUGCCGGGCUCAGGGUCGUUGCCUGCCGGAGCAGGGGCGCUGCUGGGCCGGGGAGCGGGGGGAGCGCGGGGGGCCGGUCACUCGCAGCGUCAGCCCUGGGGCAGGGCGACACAAAGGCUCCGUAACGCGGUUGCCAGAGCGCCGGCGGUCGCCUGGUAACCGCCCGCUGCCGCUUUAUCCGGGGGCGUCUCCUGGCUGGGGGCGGGGUGGAGCCGGAGUCCCUGCGGGCGCUUGCCCGCCGUGUCCCGGGGCUCGUUCUGGGCUCCGCUCCCGCUCCUAUGCGGGCUGCGGCCGCCGUGCUCGCAGCACCGUGGGCCCUGGCGGGCCGCCCCUCCGGGCAGCGGGUCGCGUCCCUGCGAGCGCGCCCCGGCCCCGCCGGCGCUGCCCUGGAGCGCCAUGAGCUCGGAGUCGCCCCGCGCCUCGCUGCUCCGCGCCCUCUUUAAGAUGGAGCCGGCGGCAGCCGCCUCCGAAAUGCUGGGGGGAGCCUCGGAGUUCGUGAAAGAUCGCUUGUACUUCGCUACUUUACGAGCUAAACCGAAAAGUACCGUAAAUACCCACUACUUCUGUACUGAUGAGGAACUGGUCUAUGAAAAUUUCUAUGGAGAUUUUGGACCUUUAAAUUUGGCAAUGUUAUAUAGAUACUGCUGUAAACUAAAUAAGAAAUUAAAGUAUUUCAGUCUAUCAAGAAAGAAGAUUGUGUACUACACCAGUUUUGAUCAGCGGAAGCGAGCGAAUGCAGCGUUUUUAAUAGGUGCAUAUGCUGUUAUAUACUUGAAGAAGACACCAGAAGAAGCUUACAGGACACUUUUAUCUGGAUCUAACCCACCAUAUCUUCCAUUUAGGGAUGCUUCGUUUGGGAACUGCACGUACAAUCUUACAAUCUUGGACUGUUUACAGGGAGUAAAUAAGGCCUUGCAGCAUGGAUUUUUUGACUUUAAGACAUUUGAUGUGGAUGAAUAUGAACACUAUGAGCGAGUGGAAAAUGGUGACUUCAACUGGAUUAUUCCAGGAAAAUUUUUGGCUUUCAGUGGACCACACCCAAAAAGCAAACUUGAAAAUGGUUAUCCUCUUCAUGCACCUGAAGCCUACUUUCCCUAUUUCAAGAAGCAUAACGUCACAUCAAUUGUAAGGCUGAACAAAAAAAUGUAUGAGGCAAAACGCUUUACUGAUGCUGGUUUUGAGCAUUAUGAUCUGUUCUUCAUCGAUGGCAGCACACCAAGUGACAGUAUAGUCCAGAGGUUCCUGAACAUCUGUGAAAAUGCUGAUGGUGCCAUUGCUGUACAUUGUAAAGCUGGCCUGGGAAGAACAGGAACACUGAUUGCUUGUUACAUAAUGAAGCACUACAAGUUCACACACGCUGAAGCAAUUGCUUGGAUAAGGAUAUGUCGCCCAGGCUCUAUUAUAGGACCCCAGCAACACUUCUUGGAAGAGAAGCAAACAAUGUUAUGGCUGGAGGGAGAUCUCAUCCAAUCAAAGCAGAAACAGCGAGGACUGGAUGGAAACUUUAACAGAGUUCUUUGUGGCUUGAAUGACAUUUCCAUCAGUGACACUUUGAAUAAAGCACAGGACUUGGAUCAAUACAAGGAGAAUGAUUCUGAAGACAAAGAUGUGGAAGCUCAGAAUGAGAUGACACAGGGAGAUAAGCUGAAUGCCUUAAAAACUCGGAGACAGCCUUGUUCUGCUACAGCUGGAGCUCUAAGGCUGCAAGACAUGAAACUGCACACCAGGUCAAUAUCACAGCCCUUCAGACUGAAUACUUCAGGUAGCACAGAAGGAUCCAUUUCUCCUCUGAAGGCCUCCAGAGUGAUGGCAGUUACUUCACCAUCUGCAGAAAGAAUAAGCAGACUUUCCACGUCCUCAGGCUCUAACCUUAAAAGCAUUUCCAUAAACUCCAGACUAGCCAGUUCUCUAGGCAACCUGUAUGCUGCUUCAGAUGAUGAUGAGAGCAAAAUGACAUCAUCGUCCUCUAGGACAGGUUUUUCUGUAAGCCAUAUCUCCAGUCACCUGAAUGGCAGCUUGCAGCUGCCACACAGAAAAAACCAUGAACUGAACAACAACUUAUACAACAGAAACAGCAGUAGUGGCAACAACCUGAGCAGCCAAAGCAAUUUUCACAGCGCCGUGACAGAUGAGUACGCACCAGCCUUCCUUUAUGGGCCUUACAACUCCUCCAGCACGGUACCAGAGUCCAUUCCUUCCCUUCAAUCUGAGUAUGUUCAGUACUAAAGCCUUGCUGCUUUGGUGAAACCUGCUGGGCUGUUCAAAUCAAUGUCCUUCAUGAUGGAGAAAAACUGAAGAGGAGCAGCUGCUCAUUAAAAGGAGGAACCUUCAAUACAGGAAGAAUUAAAACCUUAACACCAAGAGGAAACUUCUUAACAGGCAGAAAUUGAUGGUUAAUGACUACUGCAGAUGCACUGAAGUUGAAUUUAUGAAAAUUACUACCCCAUGUUAUAUACAAGUUUAAAUUUUUUAUGUUGAGACAGCUUGAAUAUAUUUCUAAUGAAUUUCAUUAAGACAUUUAUUAACUUGUGUACAGUGUUAAAAUGUAUAUUAAAAGAAUAUUUUGAUAAACUAUAUAUAAAAUUAUGUAAAAACUAGAAUAUAUUUUAAUUUAGGGUCUACUUUGCUACAGAAAUGUGUAUUUUAAAGGAUUUGUACAUGUUUAUCAAAGAUAUAAAUUUUUUUAUGAACAAGAGAUUUCUCUUGUUUUAUGGGUCCAUCAUUAUUGCUUAGAGCCUAAUGUAAUUUACUUUUUUACUAAUUGGUCUUCUGGUAGUUUGAUGGAAGUCUAACUAGUGAGAGACUUGUUAUUACAAUACCAACUAAAAGCACUUGAUACAUAGUCUGCUUUCCACUUCUGGCUGCUAAUGUUUCUUAAGGAAACACUAUGAAAGAAAAAUAAAGGGAAAAUAUUUGUUGAGAUGUGAUGUAAUUACAUGUUCUACUGCAACAGAAAAGUAAUUUAUGUGAUGACUCAAUUGUACAAUUAACAGUUUUUCAAUUGUCUUAAAGGAUUUAUGUUUUGUUUUCAAUAUAGAGUGUUAACUCUUGCUAUGCAAUAUAUGCUGCAAAAAUGAAGGCAGACCAAACUGAAGUUGGUAAAAAUGUACAAUGAAUUAAGUAGCACUGCAUACUUGCAUGAUUUUAACCUACAUUCAGCAGUAUGUUUACAAUUUCCUUGGCAACACACAGUAAUUGUUGGACAUGUAUUAAAUUUUUAUCUAUCAAUUGGAUGCUUCAUAAACUUCUACAUUUGUUGUUAAGCUGAGGCAGCCUCCUGUAUCAUGGAAGGUUUCUGUCAUAGUAAAGAUGCUCUUUGUUCUGUGGAACACUCAGUCGUGAUUAGGAACAAGGCUUAGGAUGAAAUGGUGUUACAGGGAGGUACUAAAGAUCAUGUGUAACAUUUCCAGAACUCAAAAGUGCAUGCUAAGGAAAAGAAUAUAAGCAGCUGUGAGGAUUUGAUUUGCCCCUAAUGUACAAGACAAAAACAAAACAGAUUCAUUACUUGUUUGUUUUUCCAAUAUAUGCAGAAACUUGAAAGUAAAACUUAGUUGAAUUGUCAGUCUUUGUUCCUGAAGACCUUGCUUUACAACUGAUGCUAAGUCCUACAUCAUUUUUAAAAGGAUCAGAUCACAAAUUGCAAAGGAAGGUUGUACUGAAAGUGUUAAAAAGCAAUACUGAGAGCAGCUAUAAAAAUCAAAAUCAUUGAAUAAAAUUUACAUGCAAUACUGUACAUUUUUGCCACUGUGUAUAUGUAAUAUAUACACACACAAAGUAGCAUAUGUGUGUGCAUAUAUAUACAAUAAACUGUAUAUGAAUUAUAGAUUAAUGGUAAGUAAUUCUACCUCUCAAUUUUCUCAUGUACUUUGUUAUAAAUAGUUUUCCUUAAUAAAAUACUGAUUAAUUUUGAAAUGUAGAGAUAUAUAUAUAUAUAUACACAUGCAGCUAAUUGAUAAUAAAAUGCCUAUCUAAGUAAGCUUUGUUGCUUCUUGGUUUUUUCUUGGAUCUUUUGAUGAUUUGAUCUGUAAUUGAAGAUAACUUCAAAAUCACCUUCUUUCCUAUAAACCAUGUAAUGUACUUAAAAGCAGGAUGGCAUUGCAAAAGGCCAUUAGCAAGAUAGAUACCUUUUUCAACAGUCUGUCUAAACCCUCUUGUAUUUGCUUUGUAUAAUGCCAGGUAUUUAAUCAACAUGUUGAUAUUAUGAUGAUAUUAUAUUUCAAAAUACAGUCAUUUCAAAGCUG